CGCCCGCUUCCGGUCGUCGUCGUCGUCGCCGCUGCUGCCGCUGCUGCUGCUGCUGAGGCUGCAGGCGGAGGCCAGAGGAUCGGGCGGCGGCGGCGGCGGCGGCUGAGAGGGCGGCGGCGGGAGCGGAGCGGGACGAGGGAGCGAGAGGAACUGAACGAGGAGCGAGCGGAGCGCGCCUUUCCGCUCGCCUGAGGAGCCGGAGCCGUCCGGGCCCGCCGCCGCCGCCACCGCCGCCGCCGCCCGCCUGCCCGCCCGCGGGACAAAGCCGAGAGCCCGCGCCCAGAGCCAUGUCCUCGUCCGCCGGCAGCGGCCACCAGCCCAGCCAGAGCCGCGCCAUCCCCACCCGCACCGUGCCCAUCAGCGACGCCGCGCAGCUACCUCAUGACUAUUGCACCACGCCCGGGGGGACGCUCUUCUCCACCACGCCGGGAGGAACCCGAAUCAUUUAUGAUAGGAAGUUUCUGUUGGACCGUCGCAAUUCUCCCAUGGCUCAGACCCCGCCCUGCCAUCUGCCCAAUAUUCCCGGAGUCACUAGCCCUGGCACCUUAAUUGAGGACUCCAAAGUAGAAGUAAACAAUUUGAACAACUUGAACAAUCAUGACAGGAAGCAUGCAGUUGGGGAUGAUGCUCAGUUUGAGAUGGACAUCUGACUUCCCUGCAAGGAGGAGAAGAAAAGCAGCAACACCAAUGCCUAUGUGUACCUGAUUUGCCUGUAGGAUCAACAGUGAAAAGACACAGAGGCAGUACCAGCAUCCCUAAUGCAGUCUCCCCCUCUCACUCCUCCUCUGGUGCCAAAUGAUGGGAAGAUGAGAUUCAUCUGACCAUUUCUCCUCCCUGUUUCCUGUCCCCUGCCCAGUUAGAUUAGCCUGAAGGCCCUUGGGGUAUUUCCUUAGCACUAAGCAGUCCAUAGAGGAAAACUAACUGUGGCUUCACUGGUCAUUUUUCUAUUGAAACCACUCUCCACUUAAAUUUAUCCCAAAGCUAGUCUCAUUCUACCAUCUGGGAUAUGGGGGAUACAGAGGUUUGGCGAGUUUAUCGUUAUUUGUGUCCUUUUCUUUGUCUCUCUUCCUUGAAUCCCACUUGUGGUUCAGUACUGGGUUUGGGGUCUUUAAAACCAGAAGGGGGAAAUGAUAAAAAGAGAGCUGCUUUCCCUUUUGAGUUGAGUUUUGUCCUUAGGGGCAGCGUUUUGUGCAACUCUGGUAGCAUUACCCUGUGACACUGUUUUGAAGUCCACUUCCCCUCUUUCCUCUGGGAGGAGUGUCUUCUGUCUUUGGUAUUAUAGUUCAUCUUCCCAUUCCUUUACUUAGUGCAAAUAAAUGUGUGCAGAUACUUUUAAUCUUCACCACUGAAGGGAGUCCUUUGGUAACCAGGUGUACUUUACUAUUCUUCUGCCAUUCCUCCCUGCUUGAAUCUUGUUGCUGGCAGAGUUCUCUGUACUGUGAGAUCUCCAGGUGAUUUUGGUCUGCUCCCAGAGCAGGUCCAUAUUAAGGAAUUGAGGCACUUUGGCCUCCACAUGGUGGAUAAGGCCCAAUCGUAGUAUUCUGCCAGAUAAUACCUAAGAAUGACCUUUGAAGACUGUUGAUCCAUUUUAGUACCCAGUUUCAGUAGUCACUGUUAUAAAAUCCAAUCAACAUUAUGAUAUUUGUUCUUUUAGAUUGCAGUUUUUUCUAUUUUGAGUUUAAAGUCGACUUUCAAAAUGUUCUUAGAAAAGAACUACGUAUUUUUCCUGUUUGGAUCUGCUUUGUUUGGCUGCUGGGAUAAAUAAGCAUGGGCUUAAAAAUGUGUUCCUCCCAGUUUUUUUACCAUUCCCAUCAUACUCUGAAUUUUCACCUUCCUUUCUUCCUCCCUUCCUCCCUCCUCCUUUUCCUUCCCUUUCCUCUACCAGGCUGUCUUUCAAAUAUACAUCAAAGAUACCUCAAGUGUUGGUAUCUGAUAAUAUCUGUCACUCCUCUUAAGUGAGGAGUGACCUUUUAUUUUUAAGAGGACUACAGACCUAUUUUUAGAUAUGUUUUCAGUACAAUUUUGAACAGCAACUUUUUAACUAAACAUCUUCCAAUGUUAGGAAGGUAAGAAAUGUCCAUAGGCGAGUCUGCUGUUCCAUGUCACCAUCCUUUGUAUUCCCCAGUUCCUUCUGAACGCUUUCCUUCCCCCUUAAGUUUUGGGUGUGUGUGUUUGGAAUUUGUCGUGAGUGGUUUAUAAAACUGGACCAUUCUGCCUUGCUGUGGCUUGUUCAGGAUAGCCGUGUUCUUCUCCUUACCCCCACCCCGUCUGCUGUCUUCCCCACCCGACUCUCCUGGUACUAUUGACUGGCACAGUAAUCCCAGGAAAGUGCCUCCUUCAAAGACUGAUGCCUCCAUCCCCUCAGAGGAAGGCAAGUGAAGUAGCCACUGGUGUUCUGGGAGUUUGUGGUUGGCUUGGGUGCCCUGCGCUCUCUUAUUAAGAGACCAGAUCCCAGGUGGAAGUAACAGUUCCACUGACUAGGAAAGAAAGCUGUUUUUCUUUUGAACUAUGAAAAGACCCUACUUGUGAAGACCUUUUAGACAGAAGAGAAGAAGGAUGUCUGCAGAACUUUGUUCUGUUUUCUGCUACAAAAAUGUGAAUAGUUCAAAGAGUAAAAAUCUUUUAAUGGUUGAUAUCUCUCAGGAAUAAGCUGGAUCUCCAGUGUUUUGGGGAUGCUUUGAGUCUCAAAAUUGAUAAUCAGAAAAGUAUUUUUUGUUUGUUUGUUUGUUUAAUGUAUCCCUGUUCUGAUUUUAAUUAAAUUCCAAAUUUCGCUUUACCUAGUCUAGAAAAACUUAAGUUGCACUGUCAUUUACAUAAGAAGCUUGCUCAGGACAUGUUUGUACCUAGAGCUUGGUUCUUUGGGAGUGAAGCUUUUCAUUCUUCAUAUGCUGGUGGUGGCAUCCUGUGGAAUCUGACUUCAGCUAACAGCAAGCAGGUGUCAGUGAGCAGAAGAGUAUGUUUUCUUGAUAUUAUUGCUGCCUAUGAAAAUUUGGCUUCCAUGUUUACCCACGAUAGGAAAUGGAUUUAAAACAUGAUCAUUUGAAUAGUAUCAAAAUACCAUUUACCCCUUUCUUGCCAUCUUGGGGAAUCUCGGCACAUGCCCUUUAAUUGGAGGAUGUGUUUCUACAGCUUCUUGGGAGCAUCUCCUGCGUCAUGCAGGAGCCCAGUCUCUUGUCCUUUCCUGCCAGGACCUCCUCGCUGCUUGGAGUACUUCUCUCCUGGAGGCCACCAUUACUUGACAUACUCUGUUCUCCAUAAACCAGCAUUUCAAAAAUAAUUACACAAGACAACAGAUAAAUUUCCAAUAGAUGACAUCUUUAUGUCGUACCUCAUAGAAUUGCUUUCAGAGCAAGCCUGAGUCCAAUACAUAGUUUUCCUCUGAAUGUUUAGAAUGAACCUCCCAGAUGAAGCCCUAAGUGAAUACUGUUCCUAACUUUAUCGGGGAGGGAACACCAUAGGUUACUAUCUGAAUGAGACAGAUCUUAAAAAUCUUAGUGACUAUUUAUACUUUUGUUUUUAUGAGGAAACCAUGUUUCUAUACUUCUGGGACAAUCAAUCUUCAUGACAAAUGACCUCCUUCUAGAUUUUAGCAGGAGACAGACAUUUCCCUGUCACGGUUCUGCCUUCUUUGCAGUGUGGUUCCUUGGGCUCCCCAGCUCUCAUAUUCUGUAUCAUUAGGUGUAUCAUUUGUAAGAGCACAGAAGUAAAGAAGCUGGCUUCCAGGCCAAGUUUUAUCCUUCCACCUGUGUUAGUUUUCUAUUGCAACAUAACAGAAUGCCUCCAAAUUGAGUAUCUUAAUAUAGCAAAUGUUACCAGUUUCUGUAGGAUAGGGAUUUGGGGACAGCUUAGCAUGGGUGGUUCUAGCACAGGUCUUAGGAGGUUGCAGGCAAGAUCUAGGCAGGGGCCGCUGUCAUCGAGAGCUAGACAAACACUGCCCAUUGAGCUGCAUUCCCAGCCUGAGAAUCCACUUUCAGAUUCCAUCUUGGUAACUGUUGGGCAGGCUGCCUCGGUUUCUUCCCAUGUGGAUCUCUGCAGGACAGCACGUGUAUCCUCAUAUCACGAUGUCUGGCUUCUCCCUGAGUGAUUGGCAUCAAUGGAAGACAAGGAAGGAGAAAGUUGUGGUGCUCUUAAAGCACACCCUCAACAGAAGAUGAAGCCAGGUCAACAGGGAGAUAGGUUUAAUCUAUAUAAAUUACCAAAAACAGUUCUCUAAAGUAUGUAUCACCGAGCUGGGGUAGAAGACAAACUUUCUCCAUUCCCCAAAACUACCUGAUGGCUUUGAGAGAGGUAGCAAGAAAUGGCAGUUCCCAGGAGAACUGUAAUAUAUGCAUCUGUCUGACUACCAGCAGCUCAAGGAUGCUUACUUGCAAAGCUUAGUUUUGGUGUCUCUAAGACUCAUUAACCAUUUGUACUUUCCUUUAGCCAGUAAUUGAUGAAAGGAAUCGGGGCCUUCCUGCUGAAGCACUAAAGCUGUCUUAAUUAGGAUGGGGAUUGUCAGGCAAAGGAGUAAAUGCGAAUUAGAUGUAAGGUUACUGAACCGAAUAAAAGAAAGAUUUAGGGAGAAAUAGAUGACAGUGUCAGGAAGUCAGGUCCCCACCUGAGUCAGUGUGUGAUACCUAUUCUCUCCAGGUACACCAGCUUGCAGUCUUGAGUUAGUUGUUCUAUCACCCAAGAAGCACCUUCACUUUAUCUUUGGAAACACCUGGGAAUGACAGCCAUAUUUCUAGGCUUGAUGCCCUGUUACAGCCAAUGUGCAGGUAGCUCUGCAUGCCAGUUUUGUCCUGGGCUUCUUAAUGGUAUUGUGUUCUUAAAUGAACCAGUUUUGUUUUCACCCUCCAGAGAAUCCUAGAGGCCAUUCGUCAGUUCAGCACAUUCCUGGUGAACAUCUACUGUGCGUUUCUGGCACUCAUUCCCAGCCAAGUCUUUGGAGAUUUCAGACAUCUUAAAAGAUGCAAAAUCUUGUUUGAAUCCACACUGUGCUCCCUCCUAGCAUUUCCUUUCUGUAGCCAUGCUUGCUUCAGCCUGUACUUGAAUAAGAAGCAUCACUGCUGAUGGACAGCUUAGCAUGGGUGGUUCUAGCACAGGUCUUAGGAGGUUGCAGGCAAGAUCUAGGCAGGGGCCGCUGUCAUCGAGAGCUAGACAAGGGGAAGGUUCUUCUAGAAGUACAAGACUCUAAAGUACCUUCCAUUGAUUUUGGUUUUCCCGCUGAUUUGGGGUGGAGUAAAAAUAAGUGGUGUUCUGUUUAUUUAUUGGCUCUUUUGGAACUCUCAGGCUUUAUCCCACAUUCUGUCAGAAUUCAGCUACGUGUGUGGGUAUUUCCCCAAGUCCCUCCUCAAGCCAGUUUAUAGAGUCCCUGCUUUGAUCCAAGGUAACCAAUGUAAAGGGCUCAUCACAUUGGCAGUAAUGUCCCAGAGAUGGGAUCUCUUUCCCUUCUGCUCGUUGUGGACACCAGCUGCUCGGAGCUGGGACUUAGCCCUUUGCAUUCUCCUCAAGAGGAGGCCUCAUUCAGUCUGGUUCAGAACUGUCCCUUCUCGGCAUGUUUUUUGGACCAUAGGUAUGCGGACAGCAAUUUAUUAUUAAUCUGCGAAACCCAAUCACUUCCCAGUCAUUUAGCAUUUGUUGUAAAGAACAGUUUCUUUUGGAGCAAUUUCUGUCAGAACUUUGAAGGGGGAGUAGUUACCCCAUUUUCCUUUCCUCUCAGAUUUUAAUAAGAGAUGAAAUUAGUUUUUUUUGUUUUGUUUUGUUUUGUUUUGUUUUGUUUUCUGUACUGGGAAUUGAAUCCAGGUCUGUCACUCACGCUAGGCAAGUGCUAGGCACUGAGCUACCUUCCCUGCUCUUGAUAUCAGAUUUUGAUGCAGGUGGAUCAUGAUUCAGAUACUUUAGGGACAUUCUGUGUUCUAGUUACGGUUUCCUGUUUUAGUAGUGGAGUUUCCUUGAGCCUAACACACAGAAAUUUCUAACUAGAGACUAUAAGGGUGAUUGCUACAUGCUUGUUUUUUCUAGUUAACCAUUCAUAACCUUUCUCACCCUCUGGAAUUUAAACGAUUUUCUUUAGGCUAGUCCUGGAAGUUGGUGCCUUUUGGCAAAGCUUAGAUUUAGCAGAAGUCGUUUGAGUCCCUGUUCAGAUGGUCUUACGGUUUCUCUGUGCUUGUUCACCUCUGCCAGCAGCCCUGGCAGACCAUACUGAGCUGAACACUUGACAGUGUAUUUAAAUCCUCACUCUGCCACCUUUCCAAGGUGGGAGACUGGCAGAGAUGCUACAGUGCUUGAUAAUCACUUGACCAUGCUGAAAUGUCCAAAGGGAGCUCUUUCUGGUGCUUAAAACCAAAAUUCCAGGACAUUUCAAACUUCAAGAGAAUCCCAUGAAUCCAGCACAGCGUGUUCAUUCUUGCCGCAGUGAACUCCUUUCCUCUUCAGUGGAGUCUUUAAGGAAAAAAGAAAAAAUAAGUCCCCAACUAAGAGCAGUUCUUACUGGAAAGCAGGGGAGUGGGGAAGGAACACUAGUAUGAGCUAGGGGGCCAGUUGGGCCAACCAUCCUGCUCCUUCCUAGUGUCUGAUCCAAAUUACCAAGUCCCUUGCACCAGUGCCUUUCCUUUACCUGCAGACGAGCCCAUCUUUUCCACCAGGGUGAGGCGACCCUCCAGGACCCCAGGGUAAACCUUAAAGAAAGUGUCUAGAAGAGCCCCGAGGAUGCUCACAUAUUCAGGUGUCCAUUUUAAGCAUCUUUUAAAAAUAUUUUCUAUGAAAAACUUCCCUGUGUGUAGUACCACCAGUUCCAACCACACCAAGUGGAAAAGCAGAUACUGCCAGCACUUUUCUUGGUCUUCCUGUCCUCCCCCUUGAUGUGUUUGUUGUCCCCUCACCCCUCCCAUCCCUUCACUGUUGGGAUGGUAAGCGGAGUGCACCAUGCAGUUCUGAGCAGUCCUGUAUGAUUCCAUGACCAGUUGUUUUUGUUUUUAACUGUUCUUCCAAACCACUAGGUGUUUGGAAAUUAGGGGUGGGGGGAAUCAAUUCUCACCAAUGGUUGCUGUUACAAUUAAAUCAAUAAAGAUCUUGAGUAUCAA